GACCUAACGUUUAAACCGUGCCAUACAUUCGUUUGUGCAUGUGUCUUCUUAAUUCAAUUGGGUUAAUCCUGGAAUUCCUAGUUCAUACGAUAAUUCGAAUACCAUAUUGGCGUUGCGAUGGAGCCUGCAAUGGAAAAGUUAGAUAUUCAUUCAACUUCGGAAGCUUUUGAAGAUUACUUUGAAAGGUUCGAAAUCUGGGCUAUGACCAAGGAAGAUGAUGAGGAUGUUAAUAUUGUGGCACACUUCCUCACAUUCAUUGGAAAAGAAACAUACGGCUUAUUAAGAACUCUGGCUAUGCCGGAAAAGCCCAUUUCGCUUUCUUAUACAGCUCUCAAGGAUCUACUGCUAGACUAUUCUCAGUAUGCAAAUUUCGAAUGUCGUAAAGGAGGAAGAUUUCGUAAAAUGAUUCAUGAGGAUAUAAAAAAGUCCACUACAUUACUACGUCAUCCCAACCCAGUGCAUACUCAAGGUUAUGCAGACAAUUCAUUGAGUUUGGAUGCAGUUCACGAGGAUGGGGACAAGUUUGGUCAGUGCUUGUUCUGUUGCAAGUUCCACCCUUCUAAUUCAUGUAAAUUUCGUAAUUAUAAGUGCUUCAAAUGUCGUGAUAUUAGAUAAGUUCAGUCAGUUUGUAAUGUUAAUGUUCAUCUUACUGCAACUAAUAUUAAGUCUUGUAAUUCUGAUUCUACUGAGUCGAGUAUUCAUGAUGAUCAUUUAUCUUUAUCAACGAUUUCAAAAGACAGUGCAGAGUCAUAUGGCAGUUUAGAGUUAAAUGAAAUCCAGAAUUCUUGUGAGACAACAGUUCCUAAGGAACCGAUUUAUCAGAAUUCUCAUGCUAUUGUACCAGGUAUGACUUUUCCUAAUGAUUCACAUAUUUCUAAUGAAAUUACUUGCAAUUCUGAGGAAAAUAUGUUAAAUGAACCUAAUCAUGAUCGAAAACCUGAUGUGGUUUGGAUAGAUGCUGAUUUUUCUAACGAUCCUACGCUCUGCAAUGACAGUCCUAAUGAAUUCCAUGAGAAUAUUUCGGAAGAAUCAAAUCCUGAUGUCAUAUCAUAUAUUACUUAUCCUCAUAAUGUAUUUGAUCCUUGUGAAAAACCUGCUCAAUGCGAAGCACGAGUACUAAGUGACCUCGAGUUUGAUUACAUUUCGGAUGAUUUCAUAUCAACUGCUGUUUACCCUUAUCACAAAAACAGUUCUAAUGUUUACUCUAAACAAUGUGAGAAAUAUGUUUUAAAUGAAGCCACAUUAUUCAUAACUUGGGGAUAUAAAGAUCCAACAUUAUUUCGUGGGGGAGGAUAGUGUUGAAAAAUCUAUGGUUCAAAUUCUAGAUAUUAAUGAUUUCAUUACAAAACCGAUAUGCUGAUUGUAUACAAUUCCAGGUGAGUCUGUUCCGAUUUCGUUCGUCAAUUCCAAUACUAAUGAGCACUUUCUAGAUACUACAAAGUUUUUAUCUUAUACAAUGUCGGACAGACUCAGAAGACGUACAACCGAUUACAAACACUUAUACUUCUAUUUAAGCUGUGGCGGAUGUGGUGUUUGAAUGGACUAAUGAUACCUUGGUACUUGUUGAAUGCUUGAUUUCGAAUUCUAAAUACAAUACAUUCGUUUGUG